AUACUGCUCUUCGAGACCCGUGUAGACACACGGCUGAAGCUCUGCAUUCUCUUUGACCUCCCGGCUGAGUUCAAGGCCCUGAUCAAGGAGUGGCACGAUCAGUAUAGCCUGAUUACUGUGUGCGGUUCGGCAGCCUCAAGAUCAUCUUCCUCGGCUCAUACGAGGUAGUGCACGAGCUGCUCAAGAAGCGCGGCAGCACUACAGUUCUUGGCGGAUCGGGUCAGCAACGGGCUGCUGCCGAUGUUUCUGCUCUUUGCCGAGAAAUGGAAGACGCAUCACCGGCUGCACACCUCCCUGCCGACUAUCCAGGUCAGCCAACAGUACCAGGCGGUGCAAGCCAUGGAGAGCACGCAGCUGGUGUAUCAGUUGAUCAACACGGAGGAUGACAAGGAAACCUCAGAUGAGAGCAAGUUUCCGGCGCGAUUCCAGCGCUACGCGGCCAGUCAGAUCUGUAACCUAGCGUACGGCAAGCACAUGCCGCGCGGGGACGAGCGCGAGGUGCGCGAGCUGGAGGACGUGAUGAACGGGAUCCUGCAGGAGAACCAUCUGGGCGAGGAGGUGGUUCCGGUGCUGGAGCUGUUCUCGGGGGUCAUGGAGUGGGUGCCUGGCUUCCGGGCUAAAAGCGCAUCGCCCAGUCUAGCGGAGCAGCAAACCGUCAUCUUCCAACGGAACAUGCACCACGCCCUAACCACUGCAUCUACCUCCUCAUGGAACUGGUGCAAGGAAGCGGUAGCAGCGACCACUAACACCACCAGCCUAACACCUCCUUCAUCAUCAGCGGAUGGAAUGGAGGUUAGCAGGGGACGAGAGGAGGAAGGUGGUGGAGAGGGCGACGUGGAGGGAGGAAGUGCUUGAGAAGAAUGGGAGGGGGUUGUAGCCCUUAGGCGAGAGACGAGUACAGUGCAGAGGUGCACUGUACUUUACUGUCCUCACCUU